AUGCAGCUUUUCACCCGCCACCUGUUCGCGGUGGGCCUGUUCCUCACGGCCGCCCAAGCGUAUGCGACCAGCAGGUUGGGGAUGCUGCGCACAGUCGUCACGACUGACAUGGAGCAGGAUGACCUCGCCUCGCUCAUCCGGUACCUACUUUACACCAAUGAACUCGAUACACAAGGCAUCAUCUACAGCUCCAGCCGCUUCCACUGGGCUGGCGACGGCAAUGGCACGAAGUUUUUCCUGCCCGACCGCGAAUAUACCUCCCCACAGUGGACAUGGCGCUGGACCGGCACGCGGACGAUUCAGGAUCAAGUCCUCCAAGCAUACGCAGAAAUCUUCCCAAAUCUGCUUAACCAUGAUCCAUUCUACCCGACACCGGACGAGCUGUUGUCCAUAGUCAAGAUCGGCAAUAUCGACUUCGAGGGUGAAAUGGGUCACGACUCAGAUGGGUCUAAUCUCAUCCGCACGCUGCUGCUGAACGAAGACGCACGGCCGCUCUACUUGCAAGCAUGGGGUGGCACCAACACCAUCGCCCGUGCUUUGAAGUCAAUCGAGGAGCAGUACUCGGGCUCGCCGCAGUGGACACAGACCAAGGACGCAGUCUCCCGCAGAGCCGUCAUCAUGGCAAGUGGCUUCCAGGACGAGACAUAUGCGAACUACAUCUCUGUCAACUGGCCGGAGAUCCGUGUUGAGCAGUUGGGGGCCGGAUACAGCACCUGGGGCUACAACUGUAAUAAGGGUCAGGGCAACGUCCGUGGUCUGCCAGACACCCACGUAUACUUUACCGGUGACUGGACCAAGGCGAAUAUCCAAGUAGGACCAUACGGGAAGCUCUACCGUUCCUGGCUCGACGGCCAAUCUAUGCCAGGUGACCCAAUGGACACUUUCGGCGAUCGACAUGCCGCCAAUUCGUCAAGUUUUUGUCAGCCACUGGACCCGUACGCCUUCCUGUCCGAAGGUGACAACGUGGCUUUCAACCCCCUACUUACCACCGGCAUUCAUGAUCCGGCCAACCCAAAUCUCGGUGGCUGGGGCGGUCGAGCUAUGCAGAACAGCACCUCACCGAACUUGUGGGAGAUGGUUGAAAGCGAGAAGAAUAGGACCGGCGCGGAGUUGGAUGGCUACACAACGGGCCGCUGGGCCGCAGCCAUCCAGAAUGACUUUGCGGCUCGUGUGCAGUGGACACUGACGCCGAAAUAUCAAGACGCCAACCACGCACCCUCGGUGAAGAUCCUGAACGGAACCACAGUACAGGCGCAUCCUGGGGCCACUGUAACCCUGGCGGGUGCGGUCAGCGAUCCAGACGGCGGCAAUGUCACCACAUCCUGGUGGCAGUACGUCGAAGAAGGUACAUACCCGGGCAGCGUGACAAUGACUGAGUCAGGGAGCAAUUGGGCAGACGUGACAAUCCCAGAGGAUGCCCAAACUGGCCAAAAUAUUUCGAUCAUUCUGCAAGGCACUGACGAUGGAACAUUCCCGUUGACCCGCUAUGGCCGCAUUUUUAUCCAAGUCAUAUAA